AUGCCAGCCAUCCUCACCAAGAGGAAACAGAAGGACAUAGUGCAGGCAAAGAUAGGCAAGAUGAAGUUGGCUGAUACAUUCCAGACCCCCACCUUGAAGUUGGAGGAUGAUAUCCCUCUGGGCUCUAAUUUCCCCAGAUCCAUCCCCAGGCACAAUGGCAGCAAUCUCCUCAGCAGUGGGAAGGUUGUACCUUUGGCCAUCAGUCCCUGGCUGGAGUUGCAAACACACUCUCAAGAUUUAGUUGUGAAUUGUGACCUGAGGGCCAUCUCUGUAUUUGAGGGAGAGCAUGGCAGUUUGGACAUUGAACAUUCAUUGGCCCAAGAUAAUGGGGUUCAGGAGGCUCAGUGUAUGGCCUUCCACCAGGUGGAAAGCAGUGUGGUGGAAGUUGAAUGGGAGGGUUGGGAGGUCCAGGAGGUGAGGGAGGAGGAAGAGGGUUGGCAUUGGGGUCUCCACCAGGGGAUCCAGGAGGAGGAGGGUUUGGUACACCAGGUUGACUGGGGAAGUCCAGAUCAUGGGCACCAGGAUUCUGCUCAGCAACUCUUUGAUGAUGUCUUGCCUGAUCUUCAGCAUAAUGUUCACCUGACAGUCUCCCAAACUCAACCAGUGCUUGGGAUAGAUGUCACUGCUGCUCCAGUUCUCUCUGUUGCUGAGCUUGUUGCUCCUCCUCCUGCAGUUGAUGUCUAUGAUGAGCUUGCCAUUGCUCCUCUAACCAUCUGUGGUGCUCUAGAUGCCACACGAAUCUCUGUUGCUCCAGUUGUUGCUGCUUCAAUUGUUGCUGCUCUAACCUCCUUUGCUCCUCCAACCUCCUUUGCUCCUCCAACCUCCUUUGCUCCUCCAACCUCCUUUGUUCCUCCAACCUUCUUUGCUCCUCCAAUCUCCUUUGCUGCUCUCAUUGUUGUUGCAACUGAAACCUCCUCUGUUCCUCUGCUUGAAAGUCAUCUUGCUGAAGUGCAGCUGCAUAGUCAAUGCAGGGCAGUGCAUCAGCAACAGGAAAUUGCUGGGGAUGGGGUUGUGGAUGAUGUCCAAAGUAUUGUACAUCCAUCCUUGGUUGUGGGGGAGGGGGGGAUGUAUGGUCUUUGGUAUGAAACUAGAGAUGUACACAUGUACACACCAAAAAUCCAGCAGGCAGAUCUGUUUCUGCAAAAUUUGGUUGAGGUAUGGGUGGAUCUGGUACAACAUGCAGAGGACAGCAACAAUUGCAUCUACUUGGGGAUGUCAUCUGAAGCCAAUUGA